AUGGUGAAUAGGACACGGAAGGAUUGGUCUUUGAAGCUUGAUGAUGCCAUUUGGGCCCUUCGCACGGCUUUCAAGACGCCCAUAGGCACACUCCCUAUCGCCUUGUGUAUGGCAAAGCAUGCAUUGCCGGUUGAACUAGAGCACAAGGCUUGGUGGGCAAUUAAGGAGCUCAACAUGGAUCUUCACUUGGCGGGAGAAGCUCGAAAGGAGAGGCUAGUCGAGCUAGAAAAACUUUGUUUCGACGCGUAUGAGAAUUCUAGACUAUACAAAAAGCAAACGAAGAAAUGGCACGAUCACCGGAUGCAACAACGAGAAUUCCGGGUUGGGGACAAGUUAACCAUGAGAGCUACAUUGAGAUAUCUGAGUAAUUGUGAGAAGUUAGGUGAAAUGAGUGUUUCGAAAUAG